AUGGAAACAAGCAAUCCGCAGAAGAUUUCCCGGCGACUUUACGUUGGUGGCCUGAGUUAUUCCGUCGACGAUGAAGAGCUUCGAGCUUUGUUUGAACCAUUCGGUAAAGUCGACUCUGUGGCCAGUCCAAAGGAUCCAAUUGGAUACGUCGAAAUGGCAACCAUGGAAGAUGCGAAAGAGGCCAUUGAAAAGCUUAAUGGAUCUAGGUGA